UCUUGCUCGAAUUUUGGCUUGACGAGAUUUAAUUUAGGAAAUGGGACAUUUUGCAUAGCUUCAGCUUUCUGUACUUCCGGCUGCAUUGACAUUGUACAGAACAAUGAAAGAUGAGUUCAGCUCUGAGUGGAGUAGAAGCUUCUGCCAUAGGUCUCCUCAAGAGGGCGGUAGAGCAGGAUGGUAAAGGCAAGGCACAAGAAGCGUUAGUCUGCUAUAAAGAAGGAAUUAAACUUCUUAUGGAAGUCAUGAGAGAGACGACAGACCAGAUCAGGAAGCAGGCUUUUAGACAGAAAAUUGAGCAGUAUAUGGAGAGAGCUGAAAAGCUUAAAAACCAUGUAGAUUCUCAGAUUGAAGCUGGCAAAUAUCACCAGGCGAUUCAGAUCACCAAUGAUUCAACUGGUCACAGCUAUCGUUCCAUGUUUACACCUUAUCUUGAUGAAUUGGUUACUGAGGUUCACAUUGAAGAUCCUUACAUCCGCAGCAAUCAUCAGAUAUAUAACCUUCUCAGAUUCUGUGAACUUCUUGUAAUGUCUGUCGCACCUGUCAAAAGGAUCCAUCUGUUAACAGGCAGAGAUGAGAACGUACAUCUACAGCACAAUAAGCUUGGUGAGUUGCAAAGAAGUCUUGCUGAGCAUAGUGUAGAGAUGAUAGUCUCAUAUUCAGACACACUUCAUGAUAGAGUGGUCAGGUUUAAUAAUGGUUGGAUCAUCAAGAUUGGACGAGGUUUAGAUUAUUUCAAGAGGACCGGUCAGUAUAGCAUCGGAUUCUGUGAUAUGGAUCUAAGACGAUGUCAUGAAACUACAGUAGAUGUCUUCCAUAGCAAGCAUACAAAAGACGGAUGACAUAAGGGGAGGCCUCAUCAGAAGCAGAGCUGUCCUUCCUGAGGGCCCUGCAAUUGCCAGGUACCCAUAUACACCAGGAUGGAGAGUGGUAAAUGUGGAUUAUGUCUUGCCAAAAGACGUCGGUGCCGGGCUGAGAUUCGAACCCUCAACCCUUAUGACCCGGUCACAUAUAGACGACGCACUUACCGGUGCAUUGAAAAUCUGAAAAAAGUUGUGAGCCUGACUUUUGUCAGGAUUUGGGAGAACCUAGCGAGCUGACACUGAAUGCAUAGCGUGUUGCUAGCGCGCUUCGCGUAUACAGGGCGUGUGCUCUGUGUAUGUCCGGCGUUGGUCUAUCGCUGAUCUAGCGUGCUCCGCGCAUGUCUGGCGUCCUUUUGGUGUUUACAUUCAUGCGUAAAAUCCCGACGCACACAGCGAAUGACGACAAAUG